AUGCCAGAAGUGCUGAAACGGAAGAAAGCCGUGAUCAAUGUACGAUCAAAGGACAAUGCAUGUUUCGCGUGGUCGGUGGUCGCUGCUCUGCAUCCAGCUGAAAGGCAUGUGGAACGGAAAUCGUCGUAUCCGCAUUACAGCGACGUGCUAAACCUGCGAGACAUUAGCUUUCCAAUGACACUCAACCAAGUGAAAAAAUUUGAACAACUGAACAAUAUUUCCAUCAACGUAUACAGCGUCGAGAAGAAGAAGGAAUGCACAGUCGUACCGCUACGAGUUACCGAUGAGAAGAAGGAGAAGCACGUGAACCUUUUAUACCUACAAGAUCAGGAAGAUGCUGAAGUGGGCCACUUCGUCUGGGUAAAAAACUUAUCCCGCCUCGUCAGUUCUCAACUCAGCAAGAAGGAGCACAAAAAGCACAUUUGCGAUCGAUGUUUGCACUACUUUAGCUCCAACAUCAAGUUGCAAGCUCACAUUGUGGAUUGUGGAGAGAUGAACGACUGCGCGAUCAGAUUACCGAGUGAGGACGACAAGUGGCUAACCUUCAAAAAUUACAACAGGAAGGAACGCGUACCGUUUGUCGUAUACGCCGACUUGGAUUGCACUCUGGAGAAGAUGGACAAGGAUUCGGUAACGUCUAGAUAUGCAUAUCAACAUCAUGAAGUAUUUAGCGUCGGAUAUUACGUGCGUUGCUCGUACGACGAUUCAUUGUCCACAUACCAAUCUCGUCGCGAUAAAGAUUGCAUCACGUGGUUCGUCGAGCAACUCAAAGUGUUAUCACAACAUGUAAAAGAAAAGUUGUCCAAUAAUGUCCCAAUGGAAAAUUUGUCGAAGGAACAGUGGAUGGCAUACCGUAGCGCGACGCAUUGCCACAUAUGUCAAAAACCGUUCGCACUGGGUGAUGAUAAAGUACGCGAUCACUGCCAUUUGACCGGAAGAUAUAGAGGUCCCGCGCAUUCGAACUGUAAUUUAAAUUAUAAAAAUUUAUAUUGUAUUCCUGUAGUCUUCCACAAUUUAUCCGGUUACGAUUCGCAUUUCAUUAUCAAAGAAAUAGCUACGGCGUACGAAGGACAUGUAGAAUUGCUUCCAAUUACGAAGGAAAAAUACAUUUCCUUCACCAAACAUAUCACAGGCAUCGCUGAAAAAUCAGUUUGGCGAAAUCGUAUGAAAUUGCGAUUCAUCGAUUCAUACAAAUUUUUAACUGCCAGUCUCGACAAACUAGUGUCUCUUCUCAGCAAGGAUAAUUUGAAAAUUACACGUUCAAUUUUUUAA